CUAUUUUCCGCAACUCGACGACUGGCGCCUAUUUUGCGUGACAAGGGGGGGUGGAGGGUUGGCUAUUCUUGCCAGCCCAACUCCUCGAGGAAUCCUAUCAAACCUUUGAUGUUGAGUAGGACCUCAGGGAGGUCUCUCGGGGAUCCGAGAUGUUUUGCCCUGUAUGGGGCCACUCUGCUGCAUUCCAGCACCACGUGAGAGGUUGUUUCUUCUGUCUCCAUGCAUCCUCGGAAUAAGGGACUGUCUGUGACACCUGUUAUGAAAAGAUGUUUGUUAAAUAGUCCAUGAUCUGUUAUGACACUGGUUACCAUACUCAGUCGGACCUUCCCUAGUUGAAGGAGCGCCCUUGUGAGCUGUCGAAUGAGGUACCUGCCCAGGUUUUCUGAAGGAGCUGUAUGGGAUUUCUUCAAAAAAGAGUGUACAAGUUUUAAAAGGCUCGGCAAUGCGCAUAUAUAUGUUACACCCCUGGAGUUGCAAGCGUCCGUAGCCUUUGGUGACCGCUUACUAUCAAGUGAUCCGUGUUUGCCACCAACGAGUUUUAUAAAAUAGCUUAAGUGGUUCUCGAGAUAUUUAGCGAUGUGACAGACAGACAGACGGACGGACAGUUGCACCAUAAGGGUUCCUUUUGUACCUUUUCGGUACGGAACCCUAAAAAUAUGAGAAUGACAGAUUCGAAGGAAAAGUUUCGGUUGAUAAUUUUCUGUAAACUAUUUGUCACUUGGCUAUGAUUGGCGUUUUCUCUGCACCAUUUGUUAAUUGGCCAGAAAAUGCAAAUGGCCUUGAAAAUGAUACAACCGAAAAAUAUGUUUUCAAUAAAAUAUUUCAAUAAAGUGUACCAGAAGUCAGCGCAAUGGAUGCUUAUCAGUUUUUUCAGCCAUUAAAAUAGGAAUCAAUAAACGUGAAUGUUGUUAAUAUGUACUUUGGUUUAGUUGUAUGUUUCACAUGCUUCAAAACGCAGUUCACAUCAGUACAUGGAAUUUUAGGAGGCGAAGAGAUCAGUAUAAUACAAGCUCCUUACCAGGUCAACUACGGGGACAUUUGUGGUGGAGUCCUCAUACACAAGCAAUGGGCUUUGACCACCGCUCACUGCGGAAUAGAAGAAACCUUCAUAAGAGUUGGAAGCAAAUAUCGCCAGAAAUCUCGCAAAAUCAACAUAACUUCCCACAUAGUCCAUCCGAAAUUUGCCAAGAGACAUGAAUUUGACUUCGACGUCCAGUUGCUUAAAUUCAGAAAGUUGAGGUUUAGUAAAUUCGUUCACCCGAUUGAAAUAAGUGAUGGAGAAUAUGGAGAUUAUAUGUUUGUGACCGGUUGGGGGUUUACAAAAGAAAAAGGCACAUUUAACGACAUCCUCAGACGGGCCCAAGUACAAAUCAUACCAAAGCCCGAGUGCCAGACCGUGCCCCAACCUUGGUAUAACUACAGUCUGACUUCUAGAAUGUUCUGUGCUGAGGGAGAAGGGGAAGACGCUUGUCAGGGAGACAGUGGCGGGCCAGCAGUCUCCUUUGGCCGGCUAGUGGGCAUCUCAUCAUUCGGUUACGGUUGCGGCCGGGUUCCUGGUGUUUAUGUGAACGUUUCUGACGAGAAGAUUAAAAGAUGGCUGAAGAAGCAUGUUGUAUAAUCACCAGGGACCGAUUUUUUGAGUUUUGAUCUCUCGAUUUCGUGUUUUCCCUUUAAUAGUAACUACUAGGCAUUUAAAUUAUACUAAUAAAAUUGAAAACAAGUGGUCAAUACUACUAGAUUCCUAAUUUAUAUCGUAUUUCAAAACAGCAUUUCGCCGUUUUCCACAGAUUAUCGAGACGAAAUAGAGCGCUCGAAAUUCAAAAAUCGCUCCUUUUUCAGUGUGAUAGUUCCUAGUAGCGUAGUUCUCACGGUUCAGCUACUAUCUGCCAACGUCUUUCAGGAAAAAUUUAAGGACUUUGCUUUAAAAGCAUAUUUGUGAUCGACAAUAUUUUAUCCUGCUACAAUUACAAUUUAAAACAGC